UGCAUGUGCAACAGGAUCAGCCAGCAGAGUGUUAACAGUUCAGACUGGAGGAUCGGUCAUUAUUCCAUGUUAUUAUAACAGGAAAUACACAAAACACAAGAAAUACUGGUGCUUUGAUGCCUAUGCAGCAUACAAUUCCUGCAACAUUCUUGCAUAUGCUAAUGAAACCAAAGAAAAAGUGUCAGUAAUCGAUCAUCCAGAUCAGAGUUUCUUUACUGUGACUAUGAGAAACCUGCAGAAUGAAGACACUGGAGAUUACUGGUGUGCUGUGGAGAUUGGAGGAAUAUUUCAAAUGGAUGAAACAGAGCAGCUUCAUCUCACAGUUCAAUCAGCUCCUGAUGUGUCUGUGGAGAGCAGCAGUGUAUCUGGACAUGAAGGUGGUGAUGUCAGUGUCCAGUGUUUCUACAGUUCUGGAUAUCAGAAUAAACUCAAACAGUGGUGCAGAUAUAAAGAUCAGAGCUGUUACACAGUGGGGAGGACUGACACAUCCCAGAAUCCAUCAGUCCAGAUCAGUGAUGAUGGGAGAAGAUCCUUCACUGUGCUGAUGACUGGACUGAGACUCAGUGAUUCUGGAUGGUUCUUCUGUUCUGUUGGAGAUCAACAGGCUUCUGUUCAACUCACGGUCACUGUUCCUGAUGUCUCUCUUGAAGAUCCACAUGUUCCUGUUACUGAACCAAAUCCAGGUAAUACAGACUCUUAUUGCUGGUUAUUAUGACAAACUCUUAAUAAAUCAUUUUGAUCUUUUUUUCUUUGACAACAGUUGUGACCACUGAAG